GCGGAUUGGGACCACAAGUGUCUGGCAGUGUGGACUGGGGCCCUGUCACUGAGGCAGAGUCGUUUGCUUCUGGGCCCUGAGGCAGCUGCCCCAUGCUCUGUUGGGCACGGCUUUGGGAGUGGAGCCAGGGCCUCGAACACUCUCAGCCGGCUCUCUAACGGUACCAUGUCCCCAAGCUUCCUUGUGCUGCUGACCAUCUUGGGCCCUGGCAACAGCCUUCUGCUGCAGGACCCCUGGGGGCAUGAAACCAAGAAAGCCCCAGGUCCUGUGUAUCUCCGGGAACGGAGGCAGGUGGUUGGGGAUGACGAUUUUGAGGACCCUGACUAUACGUAUAACACAGAUCCCCCAGAACUGCUGAAAAAUGUGGCCAACACCGUGGCUGCUCACCCCGAGCUGCCAACCACUGUGGUCAUGCUAGAGAGAGAUUCCACGAGCGCUGGAACCUCCAAGAGAGCCACUGAGAAGAUUGCCACCACUGACCCUACUGCCCCAGGUACAGGAGGGACAGCUGUUGGGAUGCUGAGCACAAACUCUGCCACACAGUGGAGUCUAACCUCAGUAGAGACAGUCCAACCAGCAUCCACAGAGGCAGAGACCUCAAAGCCAGCACCCAUGGAGGCAGAGACCUCGCAGCCAGCACCCACGGAGGCAGAGACCUCGCAGCCAGCACCCACCGAGGCAGAGACCUCGCAGCCAGCACCCAUGGAGGCAGAGACCUCAAAGCCAGCACCCAUGGAGGCAGAGACCUCUCAGCCAGCACCCACGGAGGCAGAGACCUCAAAACCGCCCGCACCCACGGAGGCAGAGACCUCAAAACCAGCACCCACGGAGGCAGAGACCACCCAGCUUCCCAGGAUUCAGGCUGUAAAAACUCUGUUUACAACGUCUGCAGCCACCGAAGCCCCUUCCACAGAACCUACCACCAUGGAGACGGCGUCCACAGAGUCUAACAAGUCUACCAUCUUCCUUGGGCCAUCCGUGACUCACUUACCUGACAGUGGCCUGAAGAAAGGGCUGAUUGUGACCCCUGGGAGUUCACCUGCCCCAACCCCGCCAGGGAGUUCAGACCUCAUCCCGGUUAAGCAAUGUCUGCUCAUUAUCCUCAUCUUAGCUUCUCUGGCCACCAUCUUCCUCGUGUGCACAGUGGUGCUGGCCGUCCGUCUGUCCCGUAAGACCCACAUGUACCCAGUGCGCAACUACUCCCCCACGGAGAUGAUCUGCAUCUCGUCCCUGCUACCUGAGGGGGGCGACGGGGCCCCUGUCACAGCCAAUGGGGGCCUGCCCAAGAUCCAGGACCUGAAGACAGAGCCCAGUGGGGACCGGGAUGGGGACGACCUCACCCUGCACAGCUUCCUCCCUUAGACUCCCCUGCCCGCCCACCUAAGCGAGACCCUUGCUAGCUCCACGCUUACCCGCUGGUCACGGAGGUCAUAGAUCUGGGCUUCCUGGGUGAAAUGUAUUCAGGGGAGUCAUUAGAGCACCCACCGCUGUGUGUCUCCCUGCAGGUCACUGGAUACCUGUCGUUGCGUUCUCCAGAAAGACUCAGAUCCCUUAUUCCACUCCCAAAAGCUACUCUAUUGGUUGCCAUGGUAACCCGGUAAGAGAGAAGCUUUGUGGGAGGCCACCAUGUAUGCUUCUCUGACUCCAGUGGUGGGCAGCUCGACUUUCCCAGGUCCCUGGCUUGGAGGGAUGGUCCUUCCUUUGGGCCUGUGUGAACCAACGAGUUUCCGUCCAGUGACAGAAUGACCUUGCGCUGCGGCCUGGCCCAGCACAGUCAUCCAAUAAACAUAUUAUAAUAAACGA